ACCCCAUACCAUUCACAAGAAGUCGUAGAAGUUGAAACAAACCCUAGAGCAGAUGGGUACGCUGGAGAAACGUGUUGUGAGCGCUGCUGAUUUCGAGGAUCCAGAGCAAAAGAAAUUGAAAAUAGAUGACGGUAGCUCUAGCCCCAAGCAAAACAAAUCUGAUUCAUCAGACUAUGAUUCCGAUGCCGAAUAUGUUCGGUUUCACAAUCAGUUAGCUGAGAGUGAUGGCUUUGAUGUGGAUGCCAAGCUGCCUGAAGACGUAAUGUCUCUCUUUGGUGUUGUUGACAUGAACAAAAUGUCAGCUAAACGGCGUCAGGAAUGUGAUGAACUUGCGAGGGAGGCCAUCAAGUUCCAUAACCUUUACAAAAAGCCAGAGAUUUGCAAUCUGGAUCUGGAGUUUGUGAAGCUUUUGAAGCUUAACUCACAGUUUCGAAUUUCUCCUCGUGGUGAGUUGUUUUUCCUUACCUUUGAAGCCAAGGAUGCCAAAGAUGGUUCAAUUCAAUGCUAUCAGGCCAAGGUUUUUACUCGUUACACCAAGGACAGCGGCGUGAUCCCUGAGGUUCAAAUGAUUAGGAAGAAGGGCGAUAGUUAUUAUAUUGGCAAAGAUCCUAAGCGAGGUGGACCCUGUGAUAAUUGCGAAGGAGGGGAGCCAUGCGGCGGCUGUUGAUUGAGCUUUAUGUUGAUUUAAGUUAUAGGCAAGAAAGCAAGGUAGGUUAGCCAUUCUCAAAACUAAUAAUUGCUUUGAUGUACAGCUACAGCAGCCUACCAUUUUAUACUAGUAUUUGCAAGCUAGAUUUGUAUUGUAAAUUUUGUUUGCUGGCAAUUCUUGUUUGCAAACAUCUCUCUCUGUUUGGAAUCGUUAUUUUCUCAAUCACUUCUCUGAAUUUUACCUCGUGCUAAUCUUCUUGACUUUCCAUAUAUUGUAUAUUCUUUUCCACAAUUGAUAGGUUAAAAUGUAGAACAGUUUUUCUCUCUUAUGAUUGAAAGGGUUCUUUCUGUUGAAGCACACAAAAAUCAGGAUUAUGUGCUAGCUACUAUAGAAAACAGUUUAGGUCCAACUGUUUGCAUGAGAUGCAUCUUAAAGACUGAAGUUCUCAGUUCCCACCUGAUGACAAGUGAAUUGGGGAUCAAAUGGGAGUUAUAUAAAGUUUUUCCAUUUGG